UUGUCCCCUACUGCGAGCGGUGUCGGUUGCCGUGCGGAAGUGGUGGCGGUGAGGGAAGAACAUGGCGGCUACUGCACCCGGUGCAGCGGCUAAUCGGGCCAAAAAGCGCAGCGGCCCUGGGCCGGGAGGCGGCGGAGGCGGCGGUGGGGGAGCCAAAGGGACGGAGGAGGAACCGCCGCCGCCCCUGCAAGCAGUUCUGGUGGCAGAUAGCUUCAAUCGCCGCUUCUUCCCCAUCUCCAAGGACCAGCCUCGGGUACUCUUGCCCCUGGCCAAUGUAGCACUACUUGACUACACUCUGGAAUUUCUGACUGCCACAGGUGUACAGGAAACCUUUGUCUUUUGUUGCUGGAAGGCUGCUCAAAUCAAGGAACAUUUACUGAAAUCCAAGUGGUGCCGCCCUACAUCCCUCAAUGUGGUUCGAAUAAUUACAUCAGAAUUAUAUCGAUCACUGGGGGAUGUUCUCCGUGAUGUUGAUGCCAAGGCCUUGGUGCGCUCUGACUUCCUUCUGGUUUAUGGGGAUGUCGUCUCAAACAUCAAUAUUACCAGAGCCCUGGAAGAACACAGAUUGAGGCGGAAGCUAGAAAAAAAUGUAUCUGUGAUGACAAUGAUCUUCAAAGAGUCAUCCCCUAGCCACCCAACUCGUUGCCAUGAGGACAAUGUGGUAGUGGCUGUGGAUAGUGCCACAAACCGGGUUCUCCAUUUCCAGAAGACCCAAGGCCUUCGACGGUUUUCUUUUCCUCUGAGUUUGUUCCAGGGCAAUGGAGAUGGAGUAGAGAUUCGCUAUGAUUUACUGGACUGUCACAUCAGCAUCUGCUCUCCUCAGGUGGCUCAACUCUUUACAGACAACUUUGACUACCAAACUCGAGAUGACUUUGUACGAGGCCUGUUAGUGAAUGAGGAGAUCCUAGGAAACCAGAUCCACAUGCACGUGACAACUAGGGAAUAUGGUGCCCGGGUCUCCAACCUGCACAUGUAUGCAGCAGUCUGCGCUGAUGUCAUCCGCCGAUGGGUCUACCCUCUCACCCCAGAGGCAAACUUCACUGACAACACAACCCAGAGCUGCACUCAUUCCCGGCAUAACAUUUACCGAGGGCCGGAGGUCAGCCUGGGCCAUGGCAGCAUCCUAGAGGAAAAUGUGCUUCUGGGUUCUGGCACUGUCAUUGGCAGCAAUUGCUUUAUCACCAACAGUGUCAUUGGCCCUGGCUGCCACAUUGGUGAUAACGUGGUGCUGGACCAGGCCUACCUGUGGCGGGGUGUCCAAGUGGCUGCUGGAGCACAGAUCCAUCAGUCUCUGCUCUGUGACAAUGCUGAAGUCAAGGAACAAGUUACGCUGAAGCCACACUGUGUUCUCACUUCCCAGGUGGUAGUGGGCCCAGACAUCACGCUGCCUGAGGGUUCGGUGAUCUCUUUACACCCUCCAGAUGCAGAGGAAGAUGAGGACGAUGGUCAGUUCAGUGACGAUUCUGGGGCUAACCAAGAAAAGGAGAAAGUGAAACUAAAAGGUUACAAUCCAGCAGAAGUCGGAGUUGCUGGCCAGGGCUACCUCUGGAAAGCUGCAGACAUAAACAUGGAGGAGGAAGAGGGACUACGGCAGAAUUUGUGGGGACUCAAAAUCAACGUGGAAGAAGAGAGUGAAACUGAAAGUGAGCAGAGUAUGGAUUCCGAGGAGCUAGAUAGCCUAGCGGGCUCCCCACAGUUGGAUGACAUCAAAGUGUUCCAGAAUGAAGUCCUAGGAACACUACAGCGGGGCAAGGAAGAGAACAUUUCUUGUGACAAUCUUGUCCUAGAGAUCAACUCUCUCAAGUAUGCCUACAACAUAAGCCUAAAAGAGGUGAUGCAGGUACUGAGCCAUGUGGUCCUCGAGUUCCCCCUGCAGCAAACGGAUUCCCCGCUGGACCCAAACCGUUACUGUUCCCUGCUGCUUCCCGUGAGCAAAGAUCGGGACUGGCUGCUCAAGUCCUGGAGUCCUGUUUUUAGAAACUACAUAAAGCGUGCAGCUGAUCAUUUGGAAGCAUUGGCAGCCAUUGAGGACUUCUUCCUGGAGCAUGAAGCUCUUAGUACUUCCAUGGCCAAGGUACUCAUGGCUUUCUACCAGCUAGAGAUCCUGGCUGAGGAAGCAAUCCUGAGCUGGUUCAGCCAAAAGGAUAUGACUGACAAGGGCCGACAGUUGCGCAAGAACCAACAGCUGCAGAGGUUCAUCCAGUGGCUAAAAGAGGCAGAAGAGGAGUCAUCUGAAGAUGACUGAAGUUGUACUGCCUGCUUCUGUGGGUGUGGUUGAUGGCUCUCCUGGCUUCUGGGCCAGAGCAAAUGAGAAGCUAGUUGCUGAAGGAUGAGUGACCACCAUCCAAGCUGAGACUUAAAGGAGCAGAGGCCAGAACUACAGUAUUCUUCCCACCGCCAGCAACCAUGUGCUUCCCAUCCUGACCAAGGAGUUGGGGAAAGGGAAGUUGGGCUGCAACAAAACUCUGCCUAAAGAGGAGCAAGGCAGGCCCUGCAGUUAGAGGAAGCCCAGAGGAAUGAUUUUGUGCUCUGGCUUUCCCUCAGGGAACAGCAGAGAGCAGCUUGCCCUUUCUGCUGCUUGUAUUUGUUAAUAUUAAAAAAGAGAGAGAGGGAUGUA